AUGGCCAGGUUAUUUAGUUUUACAAACCUAAUGGAUCGCGGGUAUCGUUAUUUCUUUGCUUACUCUGGCCUUCGAUCUGUAUCAAAAGAUUUAGGCGAUGGAACGAUUAUGCAUUGUUGGAUUCCCAAAAUAUAUAAGCCAUCAAAACGAAAUCUUGUCCUUUUGCAUGGUUUUGGAGCCAAUGCAAUGUGGCAAUAUGCCGAUAUCCUGUCUCACUUCACCCAAAAAUUCAACGUUUUCGUCCCUGAUUUACUCUUCUUUGGUGGUUCAUACACUAGCCGGCCUGAACGGUCAGAAUCAUUUCAGGCAAAAUGCGUGAUGAAAAUGAUGGGUAAUGGGUUUGGGGUGAGGCAGUUUAACCUUGUUGGGAUAAGUUAUGGCGGGUUUGUUGGAUACAGUAUGUGUGUCCAGUUCCCGGAGGCUGUGGAGCGGCUAGUCGUCUGCUGUGCUGGCAUUUGUUUGGAGGAGAAGGAUUUGAGAAAUGGGCUGUUUAGAGUUUCUGAUAUCGAAGAAGCUGAGCGGAUUUUGUUGGCACAGACGCCUGAUAGGUUGAAGGAGUUGAUGAAAAUUGCGUUUGCAAGGCCUAUUAAGGGAAUCCCAAAUUACUUUUUAUCCGAUUUCAUACAUGUAAUGUGCUCAGGAUUUGUGAAAGAAAAGAGGGAACUUAUUCAAUCUAUUCUUAACGAUCGACGAUGUUCAAGAAUCCCCAAAAUUGAUCAGCCCACACUCAUACUAUGGGGAGAGAAAGAUCAGAUUUUCCCCUUGACCCUUGGUGAAAGAUUAGAAAGACAUUUAGGGGAGAAUGCCAGAUUGGCAGUCAUUGCAAAUGCUGGUCAUGCAGUUAACUUUGAGAAGGCAAAGGAGUUCUCCAAACACCUCAAAGACUUCCUUUAUGAUGAUUCAUAUUCCUUAAUGUCUAGUUCACCUUCCUUCUAUAGCUGCAGAGAAGAUGAAUUACACUAA